UUCCCCACUGCACAGGGAUUUUCAGGUCACCGUCUUUUCAUAUCUGCUUUCAUGCUUGCAUCCAAGGUCAUCUGUGACGACACUCCUUUCCCACUGCUCAGGGAUCCUCAGGUCACUGUCUUUUCAUAUCCAUGUUCAUGCUCACAUCCAAGGUCAUCUGUGACGACACUCACUCCUUCCCCACUGCUCAGGGAUCUUCAUGUCACCGUCUUUUCAUAUCUGCUUUCAUGCUCACAUCCAAGGUCAUCUGUAACGACACUCACUCCUUCCCCCCCACUCAGGUGA